CGUUACCUCAUUUGCAUAGCUGUAGCUCUCUAUCUUCGCAAGAAUUUUCCAAUUAUUAAAGGGGACUUUCUUUUGUACCCUGUAUAUUAAUAGAAUUAAUUGACCCUCUAAGGGUUUUAUAAAAUGCAAAACACAAUCGUUCGACUAACGAUCUAAACAACUUGUGUCACAUUUUUAUUUAAUGCGAGUUAAACCUGUAUUUUUCUUCAUUCAAUAUGUUUUCGACUGAAGGCAAGCCUAUCAAAUGUAAAGCUGCAGUUGCAUGGUCUAAAGGAGAACCACUUUCUAUUGAAAUAGUGGAAGUUGCUCCUCCAGAAAAUACGGAAGUUCGCAUAAAAGUUAUUUCAACAGGAGUAUGCAAUACAGACUCAAGUUUUCUUCAAGGUUUCGAUCCCAAUCAAAGAUUUCCACUCGUUUUAGGUCAUGAAGCUGCUGGAAUAGUGGAGAGUGUUGGAAAAAAUGUAAAAUAUUUUAAGCCAGGGGAUCAUGUGAUUCCUUUAUUUUUGCCACAAUGUCAACAAUGUGAUCUCUGUAAAAAUCCAGAUACAAAUCUUUGCGAAAAAGUUGUAAAUGAGUCAGGAAAAAUGGAGAAUGAUCCCAAAUCUCUUUCGUGCAAAGGAAAAUUGUUGUCACAAUUGAUGAAUCUUGGUACUUUCUCUGAAUUUACAGUUGUCGAAGAAAUGCAGCUGACAAAGAUUAAUCCGAAAGCUCCAUUGGAUAAAAUGGCAUUAUUGGGCUGUUGCAUUCCUACUGGAUAUGGAGCAGCAGUAUAUUGUGCUAAAGUCCGAAAAGGAUCCAUAUGCGCUAUUUGGGGUCUUGGUGGAGUCGGAAUGGCUGUUGUUAUGGGAUGCCAUUAUCAAGGAGCAAAAGAGAUAAUUGGAAUUGAUAUAAACGUGGAUAAAUUUAAAUUAGCUAAAAAAUUAGGAUGCACAAAUUGCAUAAAUCCAAAGGAUCACGAUAAACCCAUCGAAAAAGUUCUUACUGAAAUGACUGGAGGAAAAGGAGUUGAUUAUGCUUUCGUUGCUGUUGGAAUUAAAGAUGCUGUGAAAUCUGCCUUAUUAUCAACUCGCAUGGGAAUUGGCAAAGUAAUCGUAAUUGGUUUAAUUCAUGGAGGAGAAAUUUGUAUCGAUGCACUUGGUUUAUUAAUGGGAAGAACUGUUAUGGGAACAAAUUUUGGCAAUACGAGAGGUUUAACUGAUGUUCCCAAAAUGGUAGAUGAUUAUAUGAAGGGUAAACUUCCUUCAGAUGACCUAAUAACUAAUGUAAUUAAUUUGGAUGAUAUCAAUACUGGUUUUGAACUUAUGAGAACGGGAAAAUCUCUGAAAACUGUAGUUAUCUUGAAACACGAGAAUUGAUUUCAGUUCAUCUAAAAAAGCUGUUUAUCAUUCACACGUUUAUAUUGUGAAAUACACGUUUUAUUAUGAAGAUUCAAGGAUUCUAUGCAUAUAUAAGCCUAUAGAUUUGUUUUAAAUAAUAAAAAAUCAAUAUAUUUUAUAAAAUGUACUGAAAUUGUUUAUCAAUAUUAAUG